CUUCCCGCGGGCCCAGUCUUCGUUGAUUGGCAUCGAGCGACAUGGGUUUCUUGCGUCUCGUCGGGGCGGCGUCGCUGAUUGCUGGUCUGUGCACGGCACACCGCGUUCACACCACUUCCAUCAAGCUGCAGACGCCGACAGUGAUCCUGCAACAGGUAGACUUUGAAGUGUCGAUCGAGCUGCCGGAGCUCAAGAAUGGCUCCGUGUACCCUAGGCAUUUGUGGUACCGCGUGGAGGACUCGGAUGGGUCUGUGGUGACGAACGGCAGCGUUAAGACGCUCGAUGUCGAUGGGAACUUCCAGUCGCAGCUAUCGAUAUCAAUCAAGCAGUUGCAAUUGGACUCGUACGGAGAGCAUAACCUCACCACAACAGUGUGGGAAAAGCAGAAGCCCGAGCCGACUACAGAAGCACCAGAAGUAAAUGGCUCAAAUUCCGACACCUCAGUGUUGCUGGCUUCUGCCGUGCGACUCGAUGAGGUGCAAUUCGAUGAUGUGCUAUUGUUCCGCGGAACCCAUACGACCUCAGUUGUUGUAUCGCCAGGCUGGGUCUCACUAUUGCCACCGCUGGUGACUCUGAUCAUGUCGGCUGUUCUGGGUCAAGUAACAGUGUCGCUACUUGCCGGUAUCUGGUGUGGUGCCAUUAUCGUUUCGAAUGGAGACCCGUUUACGGCGUUCCUGCGCACAUUCGACCAGUACUGGGUGAAUGCGUUCACAGUGGACGAUCACGCUGGUGUGCUGUUGUUCACGAUUGUACUUGGUGGAACUAUCGGCGUGGUUCAGAAGGGUGGAGGUGGCCACGGCCUAGCGCUGGUUGCCAAGAGGUUUAUGACGUCGUCGCUGCGCAUGCAACUGUCGACGUGGCUUCUGUGUCUCGUUAUCUUUUUCGACGAUUACUCGUGCAUCCUGAUUGUUGGAAGCUCGCUGCGUCAAGUAUUGAGCCAGACAGGUGUCAGUCGCGAGAAGUUUGCGGCUAUUAUCCAUACCGUCGGCGUCUGCUUGCCGUCCAUGUCUCCGGUGAGCGCAUGGAUUGGUGUGGAAAUCGGCUACGUAGCAGCUCAGCUUCGCGACCUCAAGCUCGACUGGGACCCAUUCGUCACGUGUCUUUCGUGUCUGCACUACCGAUUCUUCCCGAUCCUUUUCAUCGCUUUCAUUUUCAUCACGAUUAUUUGCGAGAAGGACUUCGGCCCGAUGGUGCAGUUCGAGAAGGAUGCUGCUGCAUCCCCAAUCAAUGAUGGCUCGAUGACUCCAGUUUUCCCCGGACCGAUGGACAGCCCAAAGCCCGAACUCGCUCCCUUAGAGCCCGACACAACGAAACCACUGCGGUGGCAAAAUGCUGUAGUACCGUUCCUGACUAUCGUCGUACUGACAUUCGUGGGGAUGAUUUUCGACGGCUUCGACAGCUUGUACAGUCAGGACCCCAAUGGGUCUUUUGGUAUAUUGGAUGCCCUGAGUCACUGUGACUCGGUGUCGUCUCUUAUCCGUGCAUCUGCUGCUGGAUGGGUCAUUGCCGUGACGCUGUUGUUGUUGCAGCGAAUCAUCACGCUGAACGAAGCUACCAAGGCUUGGAUGGAAGGCGUAAAGGAUAUCCUGGACCCGACGCUGAUUCUCACUCUUGCGUGGGCUCUUGGCUCGGUCAUUGGCGAAGUUAGCACAGCUCCGUACAUCGCGUCGGUGGUUGGAGACUCGAUUCCGAAGCAAUUCUUACCGGCGAUCGCCUGUCUCCUGUGCUAUAUCGUGUCGUUCGCAGUUGGCAGUGCGUUUGGUACGAUGGCUAUCAUGUUCCCGAUCAUCGCGCCGCUGUCGUGGUCAAUUAGUGGUGGUGACGCUGAGAACCUGCGUCAAUGCUUUGGUAGCAUCUUGGGUGGUUCUGUGUUUGGCAAUACUUGCUCACCCAUCGCCGAUACGUCCAUCCUGGCGUCGCUGUCAGCGCACGUACCGCUGGAGAACCACGUGCGCAGUAUCCUGCCGUAUGCUGUAUUGGUGGCUGUCGUGUCCGUUGCUGGUGGUUCACUACCGAUUGGUCUGAAGAUCUGUAGUACGUUCACUGCAUUCGGUAUUUGUCUCGCUGUGCUGCUGCUCGUCGUGUUCUUCUGUGGCACGCGUGUCAACAUGCGUUACCGGUCGCUGUCAUCGUGCAGCUUCCUGAGUGUGUCGCCUCCGAUGAGAUACGAGGGUGAGAACCAGCCACUGCUAUCAGCGUAGGCAAUUGCUCCAAAGUAUCUGUGACGUUGAAACGUUGCAACUUGCACGGUAGUGUAGCCAUGUUUAACGCGUCGGAUUGGUAGUUAAUUUUCAAACAAUUUUGUCCAAUAAAAAGAUUCCUUUUUUUUGCUGCCA